AUGGCUGUAUUAUCUAUAAAGUCCCUUAUUGGUAAGGGCAAGAAACGGGCUAAUAGUCCUUCAACUGAAUCAUCCCCACACAGUUCGAGUCAAAAUGAAGAAAGUAAUAGUUCGCUUUUUUCAUCAGCCUCCUCGACAUCGUCUUUAGGAACAGCAGAACUUGAUUCUAGUACAAGUGAUGAGAGUUGUCUAGAAGAUUUUCAAGAUCGUUCCGAGAACCUACUAGUAAGCGGUGCAGUGCAUAAUCAACAUGAAGAUACGCGCAAUACGAGUCGUCGAAACUCAAUCGAGUCUGGUGCACAGACACUAAUUUUAGAUGAUGCAAGCUCGACAGCCAAUACUUUAUUACCCUUUGAUGAUAGCGCUUCAGUGACAACACGGGUGGCUGCCCGAGGACCUGCUGGAGGAAAUCACAUUGUUAAUUCGCGAGAGCGUCCUGGAUAUAAUAGAACUUUUAUGGGUCUCGUAGGGCGGCGAAACGAACUUGACGAAUCUCUUUUGUAUAAUGAUGACCAUUCUAAGACGUUUCCUAUUUAUGCAACAAGGUUUAAGUCAAAUGCACAGGUGUUUGAAUCUGAUUUGGCGGCCAAGGUUACGCGUACUCUGAUACGCAAGGGCACGGGAUCGGUAGGACUUGGUGGUAGUAGUUCGAGCGCAAAGACCAAGGGCAAGGGCAAGGGGAAACGCAACGCAACCACUAAGGUAGGGUCAGCUGGCGCAAACACGAGUAGCGAACAUAUUGGAGAGAGUAGUGGUGCAAGUCAAGGAACCGAGUGUUAUAUGGACAAUAAUGAUGAUCAGAGUCCACGCGAUACCAGUGAUAAGAUUCCUAUGCCACCAUCAAUUUAUUGUACUCCACACACAUCAUACAAUCCAUUCCCCAAAGCCCGAACAUUAUUCAUGACCAUGUAUACAUAUGGUAGUCGGCCACAGGGUGGUGGUCAGCUACUUCUUGGUAAACUAAUUGCAGAGCGUAAUUUAGAGCUUGGAUUGGAUCCAGGGUAUCAUGCGCAUCAUAGUGGCACAGGCACAUAUGGAGCACCAGGGCUUAAUAGUAAUGAAAAGCAACCGUUAUGUCGAGUUUGGCAGGAGGUGAUGAAGGGGACAAUAGACCAGGUCAAAUAUGUGAUUGAGUUUGAGAACUCGUUAGAUUUUGCACAGCCAACCGUGACAAUGAUUAAUUAUGGAAGCAAGCGAGUAACGGAUACAAUGUAUGAUGGGAUAAGGAUGCGAUGGUAUGGAACAACAGGUCUGGCAUCAACAUUUGGGUCUGGAUUUUUUGAGUUGAGGUUUAUUGAACGAGCUAAUGCAACUGCAACAGGCUUGUCACUAUCAACAGCAGAAACAAGCGGGUCUAGGCAAGUGGUGAGUGGAGAGAUAGGAGGUGGUCAGCCGGCCAGCAGCAGCAACAGCAGCAGUGACAAUAGUGUAGAGGAUGUGCAACGGCUGUUACAACAUCGACAAGAACUGGAACGUCAACGUCCUCCGGUAGCACUUUACCAUAACAUUUAUACCAAGACAUUGUCAAGCACACGCAAAGUAGGAGAGUUUACGAUUUGGGAACCUGGAUACCAACUGGCAGACAUUAUUGUGAUUAUGGGGCUUGUUCUUAGAGAGCAAGAGCAGAGGAAAGAUGUGGAAUAUCAGCACGUGGUUUCCUCCAAGUUUUUGAGUAUUUUAUAA